AUGUCGCAGCGAAAGCUACAACAAGAUAUCGACAAACUUUUGAAGAAAGUGAAGGAAGGAUUGCAAGACUUUGAAGAUGUAUACGACAAAUUCCAGAGUACAGACGCUUCCAACACAUCUUACCGCGAAAAGCUGGAAAGCGAUCUAAAACGGGAAACCAAGAAGCUGCAAAAACACCGGGAUCAGAUCAAGACUUGGCUCAGCAAAGAAGAUGUCAAAGAUAAGCAACAAGUGCUGAUGGAAAACCGACGUUUAAUAGAAUCGGGCAUGGAAAGGUUCAAGUCAGUGGAAAAGCUCAUGAAGACUAAACAAUUCUCUACUGAGGCUCUCACAAAUCCGGACAUCAUAAAGGAGCCGCGCGAGCUGAAAAAACGGGACCAAUUUCUGUUUAUUCAGGAUUGCCUCGAGGAACUGCAAAAACAACUCGAGCUAUUCGAAGCUCAGGACAAUGAACAUCAAUGUGAACGUCAUAUGUUCCACGUUUCUAACUUGGAAAAUAUCUUGAAGAAGUUGCAGAAUAAUGAGUUAGAACCGGACACUGUGGAAGAAUAUCAGGACGAUAUUCAGUAUUACGUGGAAAAUAACGACGAUCCUGAUUUCAUAGAGUAUGACACGAUAUAUGAAGACAUUGGUUGUGAAAUCCAGCCUGGUGAUGAUAUCAAAGAUGUCGAAACGCCGUCCAAGGCAGCAAGGGUCCCCAGGGCUGAAAGGUCGCCAAAGAAAAGAGAAUCGUCUUUGCCUGCACCAUCAGUUCUGCCAAGCAACUCGAAUGCCGAAAACUCCGGUAAUGUCCCUUUCUCACCAAGCAUUUCAUCAACAAACUUGGCAUCUUCGCCAUUCAAAAAGGAUGAACGACAACAACCCGAGCAUAUUGAAACUCCGGGUCAAAAAGUUGAAGCUUCAUUGAACUUUGACCGAAAUCAAAUUCAGGAUCAAACUCGUCGUCAAGAAGUGGAAACACCAACCCCUCAGCCGUCAAAAGACAUCUCGAAGGAAAUUGAAGAUAUUCUGGCUCAAGACAGAGCCGAAUACUCGGCUUUUCAAAAUCCACUAUUUCGUCCCGGUCUGGAUUACUGGCUUGAGACCAAACGUACGCUUCUUCAACCGCAUGACACAAUGCCUGCAGAAAUGGCGGCUCAGCUGGAAUCUUCGCUUCUGAACUGUCCCGACUCACUCGAUGCUGAUACUCCAAAACUGUAUCAGACACCGUUAUCGUUGCCUCAUCCAACAUCCAUAUUCUUUCCUAAUGAAACUAUUCGAUUGGUUUCAAAUGAUCCGGUAGACCCUGCGAAAAAUCAUCAGAAACACAACGACAUUUAUUCGCGAACUUCAAUGGGACGCAUCAUGUCGAAGUUCGAUUUGGAUACUCUCUUUUUUAUAUUCUACCAUUAUCAAGGAACUUACGAACAAUUCUUGGCUGCCCGAGAACUCACCAUAAGAGGAUGGCAAUUCAACAAGCUCAAUCGUUGCUGGUUUUACAAAGAGGUGGAAAAACUCCCACCAGGCAUGGAGCAGACCGAAGAGGUUUCUUGGAGAUAUUUUGACUAUCAAAAAUCUUGGCUCGCAAGACGCUGUGGUGCCGAUUUCAUUUAUCGAGAAGAAGAGUUCGAAAGGAUAUAG